GAGAGAGAGAGAGAGAGAGAGAGAGAGAGAGAUUACCCUUUCAUUCCAGCCAAUGAGACGGUCGAUAUACUAAGAUUUUCAUAGUUGUGCAGGAGCACAAAGUGAGCCGACUGUGUGAACUUCCAGGUAAAACUGCAAACCGACUCAAGCUCCUGAUACUCAGGUCUUCUCCUCUUUAAGCCCUCGAGGCCGCUCCUCCAGGCUUUGAUGCCCACACUCUCUAAAGCAGGUGGCAAGACACAGGCAUGAGUAACAGUGGGACCAAAGAGCCGUCUCCCCAGCCGAGCACUGCCCAGUCACCUCCUGAGCCUCCGCGCAGGGGGAGGGGUCGGCCACGGAAACAGCAGCAGGAGCCUGUUGGACCACCGACUCCAAAGCGACCGAGAGGACGACCGAAAGGCAGCAAGAACAAAGGCCCCAGAACUGCACUGAAGAAAGUAGAGCCCGUUGGGGAGAGACGACCACGUGGGCGACCGAGGAAAUGGCCUCAGAAAGUAGUUCAAGAAGUAACUGAAGAGCAGCAGGGCCCUUCAGAAGAGGCUGAGGAGGGUCCCUCACAGCCCUCGUCAUCUCAGGUUCCAGCACAGGAGGAAGGGGAGUAGAUAGGACACCUCUCUACCUACCUCAAGGUUUGGCCUCAAACAAACAGGGGUACAAUCUGACGCCUAUCUGUGAUGAGGAUUCAGGAACACACACACACACACACACACACACACACACACACACACACACACACA